CUCCAGAGCCGCGCCCGGAACAGAAUCACCAGCGUAGCACAAAGGGUCCCUGCUUCCAACUCCUUCAUCCCGGGUCUUCUUCUUCACUUUCCUUCUGCUUCCCGAAGUGGGACACCACGAACCUGCACGGACACCUCCUGUCUUCCAGCCAGAGGCGCAUUUGGGAUGGGCUCUGCUGUAAGGAGGUGGUUCUACCUUCCCCUGGGCUGCGUUCUGCUGUUCAGUCUCACUGAUGCUGACUUGGAAUUUCAAAAGGGAGUGCUUGCCAGCAUCAGCCCUGGCAUCACAGAGGGCAUAGAUCCCCAGUGUUGGAACACUUGCUCUCUGACGCUGAUAGACCUCAAGGAAAUCAAGAUAGAGCACAAUGUGGAUGCGUUCUGGAAUUUCAUGUUAUUUUUGCAAAAAUCUCAGCGUCCUGGGCAUUACAGUAUCUUCUUAAACAUAGCCCAGGACUUCUGGGACAUGUAUAUAGACUGCUUGCUUUCAAGGUCUCAUGGGAUGGGCAGAAGACAGGUGCUAUCUUCCAAGUAUAAUUCCCACAGAAAAUGGCAGGACGUGAUCUGAAGGUGUACCUACGCAAGUAGUGAUGUUGCUUUAUUAAAAAUUCUCCACUUAGUUCGAUUAUUUCAGGUUUGUCAAAUAAGCUAGCAAAUUAUCAUAUUUAGUUUUUUAAAAUGUACUUUUUUAUUUUUACAUCAUGUAGAAAUCAUGAGUGCUUCAUUAUCGGUAACCUUAGAAUAUACAUUGUUAGAUCAUUAAAAUCAUCUUACUGUUACCGCAUGUGUAGUUCAUAGGAAAGCCAUACACCUUUGUAUCUAUUAAUAUUGUAAGACUUAAAUAUCAAGCUUGUGGUAGCUUUUUAAACAAAGCAUUUUCAAUGGGUUGCAUAGAAGAAUGGAAUCUUAUACUGAUUUUUCCCGAUACUAUAGAAAUUGAUUAUAAAACAUUUAAGAAGAAAAACACAAAUACCUCAAGCAAGAUGGCAACUGUGAGCAGAAUCCUGUUAGUAUUUGCCAAGUCAAAUAUUUCCUGCUAUAAAUAAAAUGAUGAUUUCCAGUUUCUUAA